AAGAAUAAUUCGGUGUUUAUACUUUUUAGUGAGAAUUUUUUACUACUAAGUGUACUGUGUGGGAGACAAAAAAAUAAACAUGAAGAAUUUGUUGUUCUUGUUUGGAUUCACUAGUAUUUUAUCAGCAUUUCUAGCCGCAGAUGUUCGUCUGGUGAACUUAGAUCCACCAGAAGCACAACAGCAAAUAGAACAACAGGACCAGUCACUUCACUACGCACCAAAAGUAGAUUCUAAUGUUCCCGCAGUAAGAUAUUUGGGAAACGAGCCUCACAAUGUCCUGGAAGAUAUUUACUUAGCUAGACAGUAUCACGGACAAGACGGAAUAGGAGGAUACCUUUAUGGAUAUAACAUCCCAGAUAUUGCUAAAACUGAGAAAAAAGUUGCUGGUGGAGAUCUAAGAGGAGCGUAUAAUUACAUUAAUGAUGAUGGAACCGAAAUUAAGGUCGAAUAUUGGGACGAUGGAACUGGAUUUCAUCAAAUCGAUAAUGUUCCUAAAAUCCUGCCAAAGCCAAUUGAAGAGUCUCCGGAAGUUAAAGCUGAAAAGGAUAAGUUUCUAGCAAGAUGGCAUGAAGAAGCCGAGAGAAAUCAACGUCCAGUUGCUUCCCCUUAUGAUGCUAACGGUAACUACGCUAGUGGACCAUUAUCGCCCCAAGGCCAAGCCGAAUUUAAGAAAAUGUUCGAAAAUCAACCCCAAGGUCAGUACUACCAACAAUCUAGCUCUAAUUCUGGAGUUUACCAGCAAAACGCACAAUAUCAACCAGCUGCACAGUAUCAACAAACUGGACAGUACCAACCAACUGGACAGUAUCAUCAAUCAGGUCAAGCUAAACAAGGUCAACCACUAGGAUCCCUUCCACAAGGUCAAUAUUAUCAAUCAUCUCAAUCGCAAUCUUCUGGUCAGCACCAACAGUCUGGUCAAUAUCAACCAACUGGUCAAUACCAACAACCGGGUCAACAAGGAAAAUAUUCAGGUUCUGUUCAGCAAUUAAAUAAUCCUAAUCAAAUCGAUUACACUGGAGCAUACAGUGAAAGCCAAAAUUCUUACGCAAAUCCAACUCAAAACAAACCAUCUGGUCAAUACACUCCAGUUGCUUCAAACUUUAACCAGCACAGUCAACAAGGAGGAUAUCAACAACCCGGACAGUAUCAACAAGGUACAUAUCAACAAAGUGCAACCAAUCAGCAACCAGGAUCAUACCAACAAGGUGCAUACCAGCAAAGUGGAGCAAAUCAACAACCAGGAUCAUAUCAACAGGGCAGCCAAUACCACCAAUCUGGACAGUACCAGCCCUCAGAUAACUCCAAAUCAAACCAAGUUGAUAAUUCCGGUGAUUACGAUAAAAGCUGGGACAACGAAGGCCAAUAUGAUAAAAAAUACGAUGAAGAAGAAGGCUCCACUGGACCACCAAAGGGAUUCUUUUACAGCUUUGAUUACCCUGUAGGAAAAAUUGUUCAGAAAGGAGAAGUCGCUAGAGUUGGGGAUCUAAAGAAUGCCUAUAGUCAAAAUAAAGCAACAUACGAAUCCCAAGUAAGUUCUGGCAAUUCGGGUUCAGCUGCUUCCCAAAGCAGUUACUCAUAUGGUUCUUAACUUUAAGCUGUGAUAAUGUAUUUUGUAGACUUUUAAGAGAAUAAAUAUAUUACUUUUA